AUGCUUGAUCGGACUCAUGUUACCGGCAAAUUUAUGGCGAUUAAAGCGGAUCAGACGCACUACAUAGUGGACUCGCUGAAAACGCCAAUUGGAGUGGUGAAGCGUGCCGCUUUACGUAUGGACGAUACGCUUGUUAUUAGCACCGAUGUGACCGAUGUUUUACCGCAUUUUCGAGCAUCUUCCUGUUGA